AUGCAUCAGACCAAAAAAUUAAAGAAAAUGGGUAGUUCUUCUGAAAUUGAUGAAACGGACCAUACUGAAGAGACAAAUGUGUCAGCUGAUGACUCACACAGUGAUGACACCAACCUGGGUGUCUCUGAAGGAAGCCAUUGUGCAAAGCUACGACACGCCAAAUAUGCCUUCUUCAGCUCGCCAAAACCUAAGGGUCGACGUUUUGGCAAAACAGACUCAGAACGAGAUAUGGCUCCCAUGGACUCCUUGUACCAGGUUGAAUGUAAAAUGGCCCCAGCCAUCAAAUUUCACUUAAACUGUGAAAAAACUAAAUAUAGUAACCCACUGGUCAGGCAAAGCUCAUCUGUUGAGUCUACAAUAAGUUGUAAGGACAGAACAUUUAAGCUGUAUGACCGGAAAAGGAUUUUCGAAGCGGCAGCUUAUGGUGAUUGUGAUGAGCUGGAUGAUCUACUCGUGUAUCUGUCGAAAAGUCAGAAGCGUCUUACCAACGAAGAGUUCAAAGAACCAGAGACCGGCAAAACAUGUCUGCUGAAAGCUAUGUUGAAUUUGAGUUAUGGGAAGAAUGGCACCAUUCCAUUAUUAUUGGAAAUUGCAGAGAAAACCAACAAUCUCAAGGAAUUUGUUAACUCAGCUUACACGGACACCUACUACAGGGGUCAGACAGCUCUGCAUAUAGCUAUUGAAAGAAGGAAUAUGGACCUCGUUGAGUUGCUGUUACAACAUGGAGCAGAUGUCCACGCAAGAGCCGAUGGUGAAUUCUUCAGAAAGACAAAAGGAAGACCUGGUUUCUAUUUUGGUGAGCUGCCGCUGUCCUUAGCAGCAUGCACCAAUCAGAUAGAGAUAGUCCGAUACCUACUACAGAAUCAGUACUCUCCAGCUGAUAUUGCUGCUCGGGAUUCUUAUGGAAACACGGUUCUGCAUGCACUGGUAGACAUCGCUGACAAUACUCAGGAGAACACAAAGUUUGUGACCAAAAUGUACAAUGAGAUUCUGGUGCUGGGAGCACAAAUUAAACCUUCAUUGAGACUGGAAGAUAUUUGCAACAAGAAAGGUCUAACACCACUGACUUUGGCAGCAAAAACUGGCAAGAUCGGGGUAUUUGCCUAUAUUCUCAGGAGAGAGAUUAAAAAUCCUGAGUGUAGACAUCUUUCACGAAAGUUUACCGAGUGGGCUUAUGGACCAGUUCACUCGUCUUUAUAUGAUCUGUCGGGUGUCGAUACCACAGACAAGAAUUCCGUUCUUGAAAUUAUUGCUUACAGCAGUGAGACCCCGAAUCGCCAUGACAUGCUGCUAGUGGAGCCUCUCAAUAACCUGUUACAAGACAAAUGGGACCGUUUUGUUAAACGAAUAUUCUAUUUCAACUUCAUGGCAUAUGUGGCAUAUGUUAUUAUCUUUACAAUAGCUGCCUACCACAGGCCGGUGCAUGGAAAUCCACCCUUCCCAAUCACUUCAGAAAGCUAUCUUCGAGUCACUGGGGAGAUAAUCACCGUUAUUGGAGGGAUCUAUUUUUUUUUCCGAGCAAUUCAGUACUUUAUGCAGAGACAUCCUUCUCUGAAGACUUUGCUCGUUGACAGCUACAGUGAGGUUCUAUUCUUCAUUCAGUCCCUUUUCCUGCUGGUGUCUACAGGCUUGUAUUUUUUUGGGAGGCACGAGUACGUAGCCUUCAUGGUCAUAUGUUUAGCAAUGAGCUGGAUCAACAUACUAUAUUACACACGAGGCUUUCAGCAAAUGGGCAUCUAUGCUGUGAUGAUUGAGAAGAUGAUCCUAAGGGACAUGCUUCGGUUCAUGUUUGUCUACAUUCUUUUUCUUGUCGGGUUUGCUGCAGCUUUGGUUACACUCAUCGAAGAUGGAGAAAACACUGAUGAGAAUAUUGCAUUACAUAAACGCCCUUGUAAAUUUGUCAAUUCCACUUACAACAACUUGUACUACACCUGCCAAGAGCUUUUCAAGUUUGCCAUCGGAAUGGGAGAUUUGGAAUUCACAGAAAACUACAAAUACAAACCCAUAUUUAUUCUUUUGCUGGUGACAUAUGUUAUUCUUACCUACAUCCUUCUGCUUAACAUGUUAAUAGCACUGAUGGGGGAAACAGUGAGCAAGAUUGCUCAAGAAAGCAAAAGCAUUUGGAAAUUACAGAGAGCUAUUACUAUUCUGGAUAUAGAAAAAAGCUUUAUGAACUUCCUCAGGAAUACUUUCAGAUCAGGGAAAUCUGUCCUAGUUGGACUAACCCCCGAUGGCAAGGAAGAUUACCGGUGGUGCUUCAGAGUUGAUGAGGUGAAUUGGACUAAGUGGAACACAAAUUUAGGAAUAAUCAAUGAGGAUCCAGGCGAUUGUGAAGGACUGAAAAACAUUCCAAAUGUUUCAUUCCAUCGCAACCGAAAGAGAUGGAAGACAUUGGUCCCGCACAUAAGGGAAUUCAGCUUCAAGAUCGAAAGAGGAAAAACACCAGGAGAAGCUGCCUUACCGCUGCAAUCAAUAUCUGAAAGCAAAUUGGAGAAAGAAGAAAAAGAUGAUCUGAUCGCCAGAGCUGUUUAGCUAGAUUAGCAUUGCAGUGUAUUGCAGUAGUGCCACUUCUGUU